ACCACCGGCCUCCCCCUCAACAUCCUCGUCAACAACGCAGGCGUAAUGGCGACUCCUUUCACCCUCUCAAAGGAUGGCAUCGAGAUGCAGUUUGCAACUAACCAUAUCGGGCAUUUUCUUUUGACACAUCUUCUGCUGGAGACCAUGAAGAAGACAUCUCGUGAAUCAAACGUGGAAGGAAGAAUUGUUAAUGUUUCGUCAGAGGGGCACAGGUUUGCAUACAAGGAAGGCAUCCGUUUUGCCAAACUGAAUGAUGAGGAAGAGUAUAGCACCAUCGCAGCAUAUGGGCAGUCAAAGCUUGCCAACAUUUUACACGCUAAUGAACUUGCCAGGAGAUUUAAGGAAGAGGGUGUGAACAUGACUGCGAAUUCUCUCCAUCCUGGAGUUAUCAUCACGAACCUUCUUCGCCACCACAGCAUCAUAGAUGUUCUGCAUCGGACGCUUGGUAAACUGGUGCUGAAGAACGCUAAACAGGGGGCUGCGACGCAGUGCUACGUGGCGCUGCACCCGGAUGCCAAGGGGGUGUCGGGCAAGUGUCUUUGAAGAACUUCAAAGAGGAAUGUCCAGGAGAUCUGAGUCGGAAGCCUUUGCCAUGUCUACCUUGAGGAUUAGCGCUUUUACCCGGUGGCGGUGCAAUGGUAUGAUAGAUGCUUGCACAAGCAUGAAGUUGUCCAUGAUCGAUCGUCCCCCAACGAAGGCACUUUAAUUAGGCGCGCGCAAUCAAAUUUGGCAGCCAAAAAGGGGAAAGCUAUGUAUGAGGACCUCGCCUUGGCAAGAAUUUUGGCAAAGCUGUGGAUUAAACUCAUAGGAUGAUAAUCCUGGAUAUCCGUACGUAGCUCCGUCGCACUUGGGGACGCGAGUGUUGAAAGCCUCAUUCA